AUGGAGGCCUCUGUUGUACCGCCAGAGCCCACGGCUCUCGAACCCGUCCGUACGCGUAACGAUGCCGACCCUUCUGCUGGAGAAACCCGCUCCCAACACGCGCGUCAUAGCCGAAACGUCAGCGCCGGCGACUCCCAAUGGCGCCGAGACAUGGACGUGACCUCGCUCAGCACUGCUCAGCCGAGAGCCUGGCAUGCUGAGAUUGGCGGUGUCUCCAAGAUAUUCUUCAGACGCAUUGCUGGCCUCAAUCCCUUCAAGACGUCCUACUUCUCGCUCUACCGACCGCUCAAGAGCUUCCAGGACCGAUGCAUCCUCAUCGCUGGUGUAAUUCUGGGCAUCGCCGCUGGCGUGCCUCUGCCCUUGAUUGGCGUCAUUUUUGGCCACAUCAUUGAUGCCUUCCCGCCGUCAGAACACGAACUCGCCGUCCGCAUUUCGCAGUUGCUCGGGGUUGCUGUGGCAUACUUUGUCGUCACUUGGGGAUGGGCCGUGUGCUGGGGCAUCAUCGGUGAGAGGACCUCCCGCGGACUACGGGAGGCACUUGUCGAGCGUGCUCUUGGAAUGGAAAUGGCCUAUUUCGAUGUCGAAGCGCCAGACAUGACCAGUAUUCUCACGGAAAAGACCCAGACCGUGCAGCUUGGUACCUCUGAGAAAGUCGGCCUCUUCAUCCAGUCAAUCUCAUACUUCGUGGCCGCUUUCACUGUCGGCUUCAUCCUGGAUGCCCAAUUGACCGGAAUCCUCCUGGUGGCAGUCAUCCCAACCAUGUUCAUCAUCAUCACUUUCGGCUCGAAAACUGUCGCAAAACUGCAGAAAAGCUCGGCAGAUGUUGCAGAGAACGCUGCUGCUAUCGCAUCGAGUGCCUUGAAAGCCGUUCAGGUGGUUCAAGCAUUUGGCAUUGCGGACAAGUUGGCCGAUGAAUACCUCGAACUCCUGAAAAGGGGCGCAGAUGGCGGUGCUGGCACAAUCUAUGCGGUCGUCUUCCUCAUCCUUGACGCCUCCUUUGUCGUCGGCCAGUUCGGUCCUUUCAUCCAAACUUUCGCCAUGGCAGCAGGCGCCGGUGAAUCCAUUUUCGAGGUCCUGGACCACGCAGAUCCACAUAUCGAUGUGUAUGCAAAAGAUGGCGAGACUCCUGACGCAUCUGACUUCGCGGGUGGCAUUCGUUUUGAGAACGUCACUUUCGUCUACCCUGCAAGACCGACUGCGAGGGUUCUGAAUCACGUAAACCUCAACUUCCAGCCCGGUGCUGUGAACGGCAUCGUCGGUGCUUCUGGCUCCGGCAAGUCCACCGUUGCUGGCCUUCUUCUGCGGUUCUACGAUCCCUCUUCGGGAAAGGUCACUAUUGGCUCAAAGGACAUCAAACGAUUCAACGUUGGUGGACUUCGUUCUCGGAUCUCAAUGGUCAACCAAGAGCCAGUUCUCUUCUCCGGCACGAUUUUCGAAAACAUCAAAUACGGGCUAGAUGAAGACCACGGGCUCUCCGAUGAGGAAGUUCUCCGACGCUGUGAAGAAGCAGCACAGGAGGCGGCUUGCGACUUCUUCGACAUUCUCCCAGAUGGCAUCCAUACUGCCAUUGGAAGUUCGGGCCACACCUCGUUGUCUGGCGGUCAAAAGCAACGGAUCUGUCUGGCGAGAGCUCUGGUUGGAAACCCUUCCCUGCUGAUCCUUGACGAAUACACCAGUGCCAUGGAUGCCACCAGCGAAGCUCUGGUCCUCAAAGCUCUGGAUAGAGCCACAUCUGUGUCCGGUCGAACGACUAUCAUUGUCGCCCACCGUCUAGCUACGAUCAAGAACGCCGCAAAGAUCAUGGUUAUGGAGCAGGGAAAUCUCAUCGAAGAGGGCACACACGAGAGCCUUAUCGAGAUGAACGGUACCUACAGCCGUCUAGUUGAGGCUCAAAAAUUCGAUAAGAGCCCCCUGGAUUCGAAGACGUCAUCGAUAACAGCAACCCCCAGCAUCGCUCCGAUGACCACCGAGAUGGACAAAGACACUGAAAUCCCUACUGCCGGACAAGCGCAACCAUCGCAAGCCAGCCAGCCUUCCAAGCCAUUCAGUAUCGCCCAAGUUUUACGCAGAGCGUUUCUUCUCAGCAAACCGGAGACCCUGUACAUAAUGCUGGGACUGUUCGCCUCCAUGUGCAGCGGAGGUAUCAUUAUUGGCGAGGCAAUCAUUUUCGGCAGCCUCGUGUCCACUCUGAACACCGAUUUUAACAGUCCCGAUUUUGACAGCCAAGUCAACUUCUUUUGCUUGAUGUUCUUCAUCUUGUCUCUCAUCGCGCUGUGCGCGUAUAUGACAAGCGGAUCCUGCUUCGGUGUCGUUUCUCAGUGGCUUCUCUGUCGUAUUCAGGACACUUCACUCAGAAACAUCCUCAGGCAAGAUGUGUCCUGGUUCUCGAAGCCAGGAAGGUCAUCGCAUGCCCUCAUGUCGAGCUUGAGCAUGGAUGCUGGACACAUUAGCGGUCUUUCUGGCGUCAUCAUUGGCACGAUCUUCUCGGUCACUACUUCAAUCUGCGGUGGGAUCAUUCUCGCCCACGUUGUCGCUUGGAAGAUCGCAGUCGUGUUACUUGCUGCGGUUCCGAUUAUGCUCGUUGCGGGCUUUUUCAGACUUCGCGUCCUGUCCAUGGCGGAAGAGCGCCACGAGACUGCCUACAACGAUGCUGCAGCUUUGGCCUCUGAGGCUUGCGCUGCCAUUCGCACUGUCUCUGCACUUGGGCGAGAGCGCGGUGUAUUCAAGCAGUACAAGCAGGCCAUCCAGGGCCCUUACCAAGAGAGUCUCAAGUUCACCUUGAUUGGAAACAUUUUGCUCGCGUUUUCGCUCUCCAUCACGUACUUUGUGUAUGCCCUGGCCUACUGGUGGGGUUCGAGGCAAGUGCGCGAGGGCAUGUAUGGCAUGCGCGACUUCUUCAUCGUUCUACCGGCGCUUCUAUUCUCCGCACAGUCAGCUGGCCAAAUGUUCUCACUUGCCCCAGAGAUCACCCGCGCCAAGUCAGCGGCACGCAACGUCUUCAAACUCCACGACGAAAAGCCCUCGAUCAUAGUCGACGAACCUAACACAACGAGCGCAAGCUCUCUGUCGGACAACGUGGCUGAGAAAGCAAAGGCUGGGCGCAAAGGGACGCUGGAGCUGAGGAAUGUCAGUCUUGCCUACCCCUCGAGACCCGACACUCUGGCUCUGAAGGGCAUAAGUUUGUCGAUUCGAGCGGGUGAAUAUGUCGCAUUCGUGGGACGGUCCGGGGCUGGCAAGUCAUCGUCAAUCGCUCUCAUCGAGCGCUUCUUCGACCCGACAUCAGGCAGCGUAUUCAUGGAUGGCGAGAACAUCAAAAACAAACCGGUCUACUCGCACAGGGCGAGGAUUGGUCUUGUCGAGCAGGAGCCGAACCUGUUCCCUGGAAGCAUCAUGCACAACGUAUCGUUGGGGGCGAGACCCGGGGUGACGCCGACAAGGGAAGACGUGGAAAGAGUGUGCAAGAUGUGCGCGCUGCACGAGUUCAUCAUGAGUCUACCAGAAGGCUACAACACCGAGGUGGGCGCCAACGGGGGCCGACUAUCAGGUGGGCAGCGGCAGCGGCUAGCGAUAGCACGGGCACUUAUCAGAGACCCGGAGAUCUUGCUGCUCGACGAGGCUACCUCGCAGCUGGAUGCGACGAGCGAGAAAGAGGUUAGAAGGGCGAUCGCAGCCGCGUCGUCGGGGCGAACCACGAUCAUGGUAGCGCACCGACUGGCCAGCGUGCAGAAGGCAGAUCGGAUUUUCGUCUUCGAGAACGGCAGGAUUGUGGAGCAGGGCAACCACGACGAGCUGGUUGCGCAAGGGGGCAUCUAUUCGGGCAUGGUCGAGACGCAGCAGCUGACUUGA